AGCUCAUGACCUCCCAACUGUAACCUAGCAACUGUAACCCAGCAGCUCAUGACCUCCCAACUGUAACCUAGCAACUGUAACCCAGCAGCUCAUGACCUCCCAAGUAUUACUACACCCGGAUGAUGACUUGACCCAGGACGAUGAGCAGAUCUGGAGCUCACUCAUUGACCAGGUCAAGGUCGGGGAUACUCCUCGCAAAUCUCAGGAGCUCGAGGUAGCCCCAAAGCCUACCUUUUGUGUAAAGACCAAGGACAAAGAAGGAAACAAAGUUUUCAUCAACAUUUGCACCACCGACUCUAUUCCAGAGCCCAAGAAGAAAACUGUAGACGACUUGGUGAAAAUGUUGGAUAGUGAAGAGGAAAUGUUAGCGGCUGACUACAGAAUACCAAUGAGUAUUGGGGAGACUCCGCAUGCAGAGGUGGACAAGAAAGGCCAGGGUUGCAGUGUGCACGAUAUAGCUAUAAACCCUAACUACGUAAAGACCAUCAAGGAGGAACCAGCCUUUAUGAACUUCUUCCUUCAAGUUGUAUUUGAAGGUCUUACUGCUAAGUUUAAUAUUGAACUAGAGUGGGACUGGUUGAUACUGAAGAACCGAACGCACGUGGGCCGUGUUAAACCGCACAUGAUCAGAACUUACCGUAAACCAGUUAUACAGGAGAUGGAGAAGACGGAGAGUACAAGUAAGAGACCUGUCAAGAAAACCAGUAAACACACUCAACCCGCUCCUAAACCCGACUACAUCCUCCUUCAGGAGCCGAUAGAAGGAACUCCAAACUACCUGAUAAUAGAAGUGUGGCUACCAGGAAUAGAGUCCUCUUCUAAACUAACUCUAGAUGUAGGAGAAGACAGACUGACCCUGCAUGCCCACCCUGCCAAGUACUUCCUGGACAUUGAGCUGCCCUACGAUGUGGUUCCCAUGGAGAGUGGUGCUCAGUAUGAUACAGAGGUUCAGCUGCUUACUGUGGCUUUAAUGACCACGUGUGCUGUGGAGCUACCCAGCAAGCCUGAUAGAGUUAUUUCUCUUGAUAGAGAGAGGUUCUUACGGGAUUUGAACAAGAAUGAUAAUUGAGAAGGGUGUGUGUUACAGGAGAUUUUCUCAGCUUUGAAGCAUUUUUUACCCGAAGGGUUGACUCAAAGAGUUUUAUAACUGUCAAGUAUUUGUAAAUAGGCGUUGUAACAUUUUCAGAUAUUUAUUAUUUAUCUUUACAGAAAAUAAGCCGCUUUUAAUCUCAUUUCCAAAUCGGCACCUGUAACGUUAGCAGCAUCUUCGACUACGCAUACUAUUGAGUUUUUAAAGUUUCCCUCGUGCCCAUAGUUGUUCAUGCUAGCCCAGAUAAACUUCCCGCUCAAUUCCAGUUACAUCUAAUAACAUAAUUACUAAACCCUAAAUGGCUCUGUUUAGUUAUAUAAUCGAUUGAUGAUAUUGGUUUAAUAAUUAACGACUAAUUGGCCAAUUAAUUGAUUAUUGAAUUAAUAUAUAAUUAGCCAUUUAAUCAAUCAAUUUGCCAAUCCAUAACG